AUGGUCCGUGUUUCAGGUCUCGCCGCCUUCGCGACGGCGACUCUUGCUUCUUGUAUCCAAGCACAGGAUUUAAAUACUUGCCUCGAGACGGCUGGUCUCAUCACAUCCUUUCCCGAGACCAAUGCGUCCUUCCCCAACGACGUUCGCUCAUGGCAACGCCGCAUCACCCCUACCCCAGCUGGCGUCGCCUGGCCACGAACGACCGAUGAGGUAGCUGCCGCCCUUGCUUGCGCCCGGGAGGCCAAGGUCCUCGUUGCAGCCCGCGAUGGAGGUCAUUGUUAUGGCUCGUAUAGUCUGCCCAACGCUGGUCUUACUAUCAACAUGACCAACUUCCAGGAGGUCAGCUAUGACGAGUCUACUGGCCUGCUCACCUAUGGUGGCGGCGCUCUUGUCAGCCCUGUUGUUAGCUGGCUUUGGAAGACCCAUGGUGCCCGUUUCCCCCACGUCCGCGCCAACAUGGUUGGGCUCGUCGGGUCUUCUAUUGGUGGUGGUUUCGGCUCGCUGUCCCGCAUGCUCGGAACCCCAAUGGACUACCUCGAGGGCGCCACUUAUAUGCUCUACAACGGUACUAUAGUAGAGACAUCUCGAACCAAGAAUCCUGAGCUCUUCUGGGCUCUCCAGGGUGCCGGUAGCUCUUACGGCAUCAUCUUGAGCCUGACCACUAAGACGUGGAAGCCAAUUUAUCAACAGGCCAUCAACUACACCAUCACCCUCACUGACAGCUCCCUUGGUGCUGGCGUUGAUGCCCUCCUCGCCAUUCAAGACCACUACCUUACUGGCCAGUGGCCCGAUGAGUUGACCAUGCGCUGGUCUCUUACAGCUCCUCCCUACACCGGUUCCGGCUUCUACUGGGGCAACCCAGAAGACUUCGAUAAAUUGCUCGAGCCGCUUGUCGCCAAGCUCCCGAAUGGCACCCAGCUUACCCGCACCGUUCAAGACUUUUGGGCCGUCGAGAACGUCGCCACUCCGUCUAUCGAUAUCCCCAUCGACACUUUCCCUCCCCGUAGCUUUUACCUACAGGCUCUCGUCCUUCGUGAGGACCAGCCCUUUACCAAAGAGUCCGCUACCGCCCUGUAUAACUUCACAACUCUGGCUUUCAACCGCACCGACCUUACAAAGUUUGGAUUCAUUGACCUCUGGGGCGGAAAGCCCACUAAGGCUCUCAAAGACGAGGACACCUCCUUCGCCCACGCCAACAGCUUAUGGCUCAUCCGAUGGGAGGGCCGCCUCGCGACUGGUCUCACCGAGUUCCCUGCCGAUGGCCUCAGUUAUAUGCAGAACGGCUUCGAGCCCUUCAAGCAGCAACUAGCCGCCGAGGGUGUGCCCCUGCGCGGCUUCGUCAACUACCGUGACACUGCUCUCACCGUUGACCAGUGGAGCGAGCGUCUUUACGGUAAGAACUACGCCAAGCUUCAGCAGCUUAAGACCGUGUUCGAUCCCGAGGGUAUGUUCACCGCUCACCCUCAAAGCAUUGCUCGUCCGGGCGAGCAGCCUCCCGCUGCUAUCAACUAA